AUGAGUAGACAAAAUAUCAUUAUUAACGACAGUGUGAUGAGGCAGCUUAUUGAAGCUGGUUACACUAAAGAAUAAAGCGUUCUAGCCAUAUAAGCAACCAAUCUAUUUGGUGAUUGUCAAAAUCUAAAUCAAUACUUAGCCAUUGCCAAAUCCAAUUAUCAAGACUUAUAUUAAAUGGUUCAUGCUAAGGAUCAGACCAAUUAAUCUUUUAACAAUUCUUAAUAUCAAUAAACUAUACCAAAUUAUUACGAUAUGGGAAAUUCUACUAAAAGGAAAACUAAAAUUCCUUCUAUUCCAGUGGGUUUAGUCAAUAUUGGCAAUUUAUGCUACUUUAAUUCACUUCUAUAAUUGAUGUUAAACAAUCCAAUUUUUGUUAAAACAAUAUUCGAUUAUAAAGUACAAUAUAACAAUGAUAAAUUUGAUAACUUUUUGAAUUCACUUUAAAGACUGUUUGCAAAUUUAAUCAUUUCUAAUUCAAUCUAUUAUGAUGCAAGUGAAGUUAUUUAAUUUAUGUGGUGGGAUUCAAAAGAUAUAUAAUUAGUAGGGCAUUAGUAAGAUUUCAGAGAACUUUGCGAACUAUUCCUUUCAAAAGUAGAUCAAUCCUUAAAGGAGAAAGAACAAUCAUCCUCUCAAAAUCAACUUAAUUUGAACAUUAAUGAUUGCUUCAAGAGUCAAAUAUUAAAAUAAUAAUUUGUAUUGACUAAUGAGAGAGAUAGAUAUUAAAUCUUCAUCCCAGCCAAUCUCAGCUAUGGUAAUAUAUACAAUACCUUAUACCAUGAAUUUGGGUAACAGAAGUUAACUAGUAUUCCAGAAAACCUUUUUUUUCAAAUUUCAAGAUAUUCCUACAAUAGAAAUACUUAAAAUAUGGUCAAAUCGACUCAGGAUUUUAAUCUGCACUCAGAAAUCUAUAUUGAUUUUAUAAUACAAGAUGUCAAUUAGGUACAUAAUUUAUUUGAAAUUUUUAAUGGUGCUACAAAUGGAAGUCAAUAAAUGAACCUAGAUCCCUAGUAAAUCUAAAAAUAUAUUGCUUCAUUUAAAGACAUUAUUGAAUAUUAUUCGCUACUUUAGAAUGAGAUUAUGGUUUAGUAAUUGACAUUAGAUUAAGAUAUACUAAAAAUAUAAUAACAGUCAUCUGAAUAUUAGUAGAGGAGAGGAGACUAUUAAUGGUUAAAUCAAUAAUUAUCGUAAUGUUGCUCUAAAAAAUACUACCUACAUAGCAUUGUUAUUCAUUUAGGAAAUGCAAAUUAAGGUCAUUAUUUUAUCUACAUUUAUAACUUUUCAAAAAAAUAAUGGUUUUAAUAUAAUGAUUCUAUUGUGGAAGUGAUUUCUGAAAGUGAAGUUAUGAGACUAUCCAAAAACAAUGCUUACAUAGUUACUUAUGUUAGCGAAUAGCAAAGAUAACUUAUAAGGUAAUAGGAAGAAAUAGUUGAACUCAUUUAAUAAAAUGAUUUAUCAAAUGAUUUAUAUGAAAAUUUGGAACUCUUAUAAAUGAUACCACAAAAUUUAUUUAAGGAGAUUUACUAGCAAAAUUUGAAUCUCACAAUUUGA